AAUCGUGACCCUGCACUUCAGAGGUUUGGCCGAUCACAGCGACGUAAACUCGCUAAAAGCUGCUUCGAUCGUCAGUUGAGUCAAAUGGAACCCUUCUGUGCCACCAACUAUUAAGUUCUAACAGUGAAGAAAUUAUAAGUUCACAGUACGUUGGUAGAAGUGUCUUACAGCUUAAAAUGAAUGACAGCGAGGCAGUCUCAGCUGAACCCAAUGGAAGUGCUACCACUUUGUUGCCACGUGAUGUUCUGGGAGAAUCACAAGCCUUUAAUAUUACAAAGAUAUUCUUCUAUUUCAUUAUCCUGUCCGCGAGCACUUUUGGUAACAGCAUGCUCGCUCAUAUCAUCAUUCACACGAGAAAGAUGCAAACCGCAAGCAACUUCCUGAUCUUAAACUUGGCCCUCUGUGAUCUAGUAACGCCUUUGAUAAGCAUCGUGUUUGAUUUUAUCCUGGAAGAAAAUAAUUACGAGUGGAUCUAUGGUGAGGCCAUGUGUACAAUACUUUGGCCUACACAAACUUACUUUACUUGCGCGUCUUCGUUAACCCUUGCUGCAAUUUCGCUGGAUCGCUACAGAAUAAUUCUUCAUCCUUUCAAGAUCCGGCUCUCGAGCAAACAGAUAAGUUUUCUAAUUUUUCUGGUACAUAUAUGCUCGCUGGUCGCGGUCAUUCCUUACGGUUAUUUUCUCGUGCUGAGAGAUGGUUCUUGUGGGGAAAACUGGCCCAAAUUUUCCUACAGACAGGCUUACACACUAUUUUUGUUCCUAAUUCAGUACGCAUUGCCGCUUGUAAUAAUGAUAUUUAUGUAUGCAAUGGCUGUCCGAGCGCUUUGUCAAACUUCGAAGAGAACACGCGACAAGUCAAUACGUGCAAGAACUCCGCAAUUUAUUGUCAAGAAACUUAAAUUUGAGGCCAAACAGCAAGAAAUACAACGUGGACUAUCUAAAACCCAUUACACAUUUAUCAGACGACUUAGCAAGCUCAAGACACGGGACAUUUGGAAGACUCCUAAUGCCAGAGCCACAAAAAUGUUCAUAGUCAUUGUGACUGUCUUUGCAAUAUUUAUGUUCCCUAAUCAAAUUGUGUGGAUGUGGGCAGAUUUCGGCGGAGGGAUAAAUCAUCCAAACUUCAGCAAACUUUCCAUCAUAUGCUGGUUGUUUACAUACACCAACAGCGUCGUAAAUCCGGUCAUUUUUGGUCUGUUUAGCAAAGACUUUCGCAAAGGUUUUAGGAGGAUUUUUCGGAGCCUGCUGCGCUGCGAGAGAUUAAUCGGCAAAGAGGAUCUUGUAAGAUCACGACGUCAAAGUACUAGCAAAACUCGUUCAGAAACUACGGAAUCACAUGGAAUGGAUUACGGGUCGUGUACAAAGGAAAGCAACUUGUCCUGUCUUAUUCAAGAUGAACAAAAGACACCCAUGUUGGAAAGAAAAACCUAUCACCAGUUUAAUGAAAUGUCCCCACCUUCACCUCAACCAAAUUUCGCUUCGAACAGAACCGCGAUAGAAUCUUUCGGCAAGCAAACGUUAUCGAGCCCGCCAAGGGCUUUUGAACUUGGAGAUGCGGCAGCUUGUCACUUUAAUGGCCCUCUAAGAGAAAAUUCUGUUGAACAAUGGCAUACUUUGUCUACUUCAGACUCUCACAUUUUGACCGAUGCGCUGAACAGUUCGCCGGAAACUAACUGUUAGCGGCCCACCGCAAGAUUGAUGAACACUAGAAGGGGUCAGACUUGUUCAUCACGAGGUUAUAUGUGAAUUCCGACGAGAUUUCCUAUCGGCAUUGUAGAAUCGCCAUUGGACGUAUAAUUCACGCUGUGUUGAUUUCAAAAGAGUUCUUAAAGGAGCAAUGCAGUUUUAUGCUCAAAGUUUUCUGAUAACGAAGUAGCUUUGCACAUCAGAUUAUAAUCCAACACUCUAUUCGACUGUCGCCUUAUUGCUGUUCUGAAUCGUCAAGUGUUGCCCAACUGCAAUAUCAGAGAGGAAAAAAGGCUCUCUACUUUACUCUUAUAACUCAUCUGUAGCUCAUAAAGAAAUCACGCAAAGCAAAAGUACGAAAUCUAGGAGUACUCCCGCGAAGAAGCUUGAAAACGGUGGCUAUCAUUAUAUUGCCAAGGCAAGCAUUCUUUGGUAGGAACGUUUCUUGAGUAACACCAAAUGGCGUCAUUUCUUCAAAUUUUUAUAAUAAUCUUCGUGUUCUUGGUUUGAUUCCAAAAAUUUUGGUUUAUUUUCCCUUUUAGGAUUUCCACCCUCCCAC